AUGGACGCGAGUCCAAAGGAGUCUCAGAUUCGUUCCCCAAAAGCUGACCGUAUAGUUCUUUUUAAUAGUAAAACAGAUUCUAAUGACAAUCAGAAUAGUGCUGAACCGGACAGAAAUACUGAAUUUGCUGUAGUUCAUUAUUCACGCGAACCAGAUUAUUGCCGAGACCUAAUCAGAGGAUCUAUGCGCCCUCAAAGGCGUAAAACAGUAACUUAUAAACUCUUUCAAGGAACUGCACACUCCCCUCUUUUUUUGGAGAUAAUGGGCGACUACGCGUUCUUGUUUGGUGAUCUUGUCUAUGAUAUCUCCCAAUAUUUGAAAGAAUAUUUCAGGAAACCGGGUACUGAUAAUUCGGAAUUUUUGGCGUUUGAGAAAACGAUAGAACAGAAAGAGAUAGAGGAAAACAAAGACGAGUCUGAAAUAAGACUUAGACAAAUCGAAGAAGCCUGGGAGAGCAUUCUCUAUGAAGAUUUGAGGGAUUGGAGAAAAGAAGUCCAUAUUUACUGCACCUAUCAGGGCGUUCCAGUAUCUCACACCGCGUUGCCAACAAACUGGUUCUGGGAGGGUAUUCAGAUAAGGAUCUUAUUCCCUUUUGUUCUGAAACCGUGGCACAAUAAGUUUUAUGGAAACAAAAACAUUACUGAUGUAGCCAAGUUAAAGUUAGAAAAGAAAGAAUACGGGAAGCAAGCAGAUCUCAAAUCAUAUCUCUCAAACUAUUAUAGGGACACUCGAGGUAUGGAAAAAAUAGCGGAAAACCGAACAAUUAUACAAUAUCUGCCUUAUGUAACACGUUGGGAUUAUUUAGCGACUAUGUUCACAGAAGCAAUAACUGUAAACGGGCCGGAACAAUUGGGAAAUAUUCAAGUACCUAAAAGAGCCAGCUAUAUACGAGUAAUUAUGUUGGAGUUAAGUCGUAUAGCUUCUCAUCUACUAUGGUUGGGACCUUUUAUGGCAGAUAUUGGUGCACAAACCCCUUUUUUCUAUAUUUUUAGAGAAAGAGAAUUAAUAUAUGAUCUAUUCGAAGCUGCGACAGAACGGGUUGAAGGAGUAGGUUUUGUUGGUAGAGAGGAAGUUAUAAAUUGGGGGUUAUCAGGACCGAUGCUUCGGGCUUCCGGAAUACAAUGGGAUCUACGUGAAGUUGAUAAUUAUGAGUGUUACGAGGAAUUGGAUUGGGAAGUUCAAUGGCAAAAAGAAGGAGAUUCAUUAGCUCGUUAUUUAGUUCGAAUUGGUGAAAUGGUGGAAUCCAUAAAAAUAAUUCAACAGGCUUUGGAAGGAAUUCCAGGGGGGCCUUAUGAAAAUUUUGAAAUCCGCUGCUUUGAUAGAGAAAAGGAGCCAGAAUGGAAUGAUUUUGAAUAUCGAUUCAUUGGUAAAAAAUCGUCUCCUACUUUUGAAUUGCCGAAACAAGAACUUUAUGUGAGAGUUGAGGCCCCCAAGGGAGAAUUAGGAAUUUUUCUAAUAGGAGAUCAGAAUGGUUUUCCUUGGAGAUGGAAAAUUCGUCCACCUGGUUUUAUCAAUUUGCAAAUUCUUCCUCAAUUAGUUAAAAGAAUGAAAUUGGCUGAUAUUAUGACAAUACUAGAAAGAGAAAUAUCAGCAGGGGUACAACAGCGUAUUGGACCUGAAUACGCUGGUCCUUUUGGAAUUCUUCAAGCUCUAGCAGACGGAACAAAACUACUAUUCAAAGAGAAUCUUAUUCCAUCUAGGGGAGAUAUUCGUUUAUUCAGUAUUGGACCAUCCAUAUCAAUAAUAUCAAUUCUAAUAAGUUAUUCAGUAAUUCCCUUUGGCUAUAACUUUGUUUUAUCUGAUUUCAAGAUAGGUGUUUUUUUAUGGAUUGCUAUUUCGAGUAUUGCUCCCAUUGGACUUCUUAUGUCAGGAUAUGGCUCAAAUAAUAAAUAUUCCUUUUUGGGUGGUCUACGAGCUGCUGCUCAAUCGAUUAGUUAUGAAAUACCAUUAACUCUAUGUGUCUUAUCAAUAUCUCUACGUGCGAUUCGUUGA